AUGGCGGGAUACUGUGGCCUCCUUCAGGGCUUCCUGGUUUCUCGGAGGCCUCCGUCUGGUCCAGCCAAGGGUGCUGGGGGCGGAAGGGACGGGCCUGCGGCGCCGGACGUUGUGGACAUCAGCUCCGACGAGGAGGAGGAGGAGGAAGCUGCGAAGGGCGAGUCCGGCGGUGCCGACGGUGACUGCGUGGUUCUGGACAGCGACCCUGAUGGGGCCGUCGCCGUUGCGGAUGAGGACGGUGCUGCGGGAAACGAUGGCAGCUCGGAUGAGUUGCAGAUAGUUGCAGAGAAAGGCCAGUUUGCAUGCCGCGACUUCCCUCACUCGCGCCAUUUAUGUUCUACUAUGCCCUUCGGCGCUACCUCUCACGAGAAGCACUGUACGCAGUGCUACUGUUUUGUAUGCGACGCCCCAGCUCCGUGUGCUUAUUGGGGCACAGGUCUCUUGGCUGAUGAUCAUUGUCAUGCUACAGAUAAGGAAACAAAAUGGAGAGCGAUGAGGCUUGCAUUCAAGUGCAAAGGGCUUCCGGCAUCUCAUCCAGAAAAGGAAAACCUUGUAUACCCUACAGUGGUGCACCCAACAGUGACGUCAGUUUUCAGCCGCCUUUCACUUGCCAACCGGAGUCCUCUCCGGAAUGUUGUGAACCAAAACCAAGAAAAUCAUACUUCGGUUAGAGCCCGACUGAUUGUAGAGCCAACUGCCUGUGCAUCAAGGCCACACCCUGCAACAAGACCUGCAAGUGGUACAAGCAAUGUUGACACCGCUCAAGUAACUAGCCCUUUAGAACCAAUGGUCAGUGCACCAAUGCCACACCCUGCGAUAAGAGCUGUAAGAGUUACAAGCAAUGCUCGCACUGCUCAAAUCACUCAACCUGUACAUCCAACUGUCCGUGAACCAAGAGCAAACCUUGCGACGAGAGCUGCAAGACAUACAAGCAAUGGCUACACUUCUCAAAUUACUCACCCUGUAGAGCAAACUGACAGUGCACCAAGAGAAAACACUGCAACAAGAGCUGCAAGAGAUGUUCGCAAUGCUCACGCUGCGGAAAUAAGAUACCAACCAGAGCCAGACUGGCAUGAAGAGGAUGGGGAGUACAUGACAGAGGAGGAAUACGCGCGAGAUGGCACAAAGGUGUAUGCUGGGAACCUACCUUACAACAUUAGCAACAGGGCCCUCGCGUUGAGCUUCGAGCAUGCUGGCGCCGUUCUGUCCUCGAAAGUCAUUUAUAACAGAGAAACAGGCCAGAGCCGUGGAUUUGGGUUUGUCACCAUGAGUACUGUUCAAGAGGCUGACAGGGCUGUGAGGAUCUACCAUGGCUAUGAAGUGUACGGCAGACGUCUGAUUGUGCGCAAGGCAGCUCCUAGAGGAAGCACUUGGGUGGAAACUCCUCGGCGCCGAUCUUGUCAUCGGUUCGGAAUCUUCGUGUGCAAUCUGCCGUGGCAGGUGGACGACUCUUGGUUGGAGGAGCUGUUCAGUGAGCACGGCGAUGUGUUCGAUGCAAGAGUCGUGUACGAGCGCAGAGGAGGGACCUGGCGUUCGCGGGGUUUUGGUUUUGUCACGAUGGCGACAGAGGAGGAAACUUAUGACGCUGUUUAUGCUCUGAACAAACAGAUUCUUGAGGGACGUACCCUGCUAGUGGAGGUUAUCCUAUAG